AUGUCAGCCAAUGUUGGGCUUUCUACGCCCCGCGGCUCGGGGACGUCUGGUUACGUCCAAAGAAAUCUCUCACUCCUAAAGCCUCGUGACGCCGGCGUCGGUGUGCCUUAUAGCCUGGACCCUUCCGCACGACCACCUAAGUCACGAAAGCCAGAUCAGGAUAUCCUCAACCAUGACCGGUUAAGGGAGAUCGAAGUCAAAGUACUAGAACUUCGGGAAAAGCUUGAAGACGAAGAGGUUGAUGAGGAAAAGAUUGAAGACGAGUGUGACAAGUUGCGCGAGACUUUGACUUCAGAGAUGGGCCGCAAGAGGGAUCAAGGGGGGAGGGCGCGGAGAGUUGACGGAAAGGGAUUGAAGAGUUAUCAAGUGCACGAGUUGGCAGAAGCAAAAGAGCGAGAAAGCGAACGGCUUCGGAAGGCUUUAGGAUUGAAGCCUGAUGAGGCUCGGGAAGGUGGUGAACAUCCCAUGGCAAGGCAGGAGAAACGAAGACGAGAACGCGAAGAGCUACAGGACAAAGACGAAGAUGUGGAAAGGAGCUAG